AUGAUGCCUUCAAUGAUUCCAAUCGCCCGUGCCUCGUACGCCGACACUCUUCGAAAGAAGACCAACACACUCACCUCAGCAACUAAACUUCCCGCAUCCGUCCAAGCUAAGGCUGCAUCCGGGGUUAUUUCUGUGGACGCGUUCCCCGAACUCAUUGCUCCGUCUAAGAUGGGACAAUCUGACCCGAAUAAGGCUUCCGUCGGAAAGUUUAAACCGAUUCCACGCAAAGCCUCUUAUGCUAGCGUUUUGAAGGGAGACAUCGCCGGUGACCAGAAACUCUCAGCACGCGUUAUUGUGAGUAGCGCUACUCCAAUUGAGGUUAAAGAAAACGAAGAGAAGCCUCAGGAGAUGAGGCCUUUUGUUGUUGUGGCUAGAAAGCCAGCUCCAGCUACUAAGCUCCCGAAGAAGAAAAAUGUCAUUCAUCGUGCCUUUAACUUUAUUACAACAAACGUUCUUCCUGCUAAGAUUGAGAAGGUUGAUGUUUUCAAACCCAUCAAUCAAUCUAAAGUCAAGCAAAGCUCCAAUAAUUUUCCAGUUGCAGCAUUGGCCGAACUGCAAAACAAGUCCAACUGGCAAAAUAAAGGCUUCAAGAAAGGGGCAGCUGAGAACACUCAUAAUACAUCCGAUGUUAUCAAUAUUGUUGCACCAAAAAAUACUCUGAAAGCACCAAUUAAGAGCAAGGUUAUUCAAAAAGGGAAACCAGUUCCACUUAAGGACCUCAGCACAAUAGUCCCGGCUCCUACUGAAAAUGCAGUGAGAGAAGGGAGUGGACACAAGAAGCAAAGCUUGAUUCCUGCACCAGUCCAGGUUGCUAAGACAUCCCGAAUUCCAAAAGAAAAGGACUCUCAGAAAGAGAUUCAGAGUGAUCACACUAUUAUCAAUACCGUGACUUCAGAAAGUCUAGAGGUCAGAGAGGUGGAGGAACCCGAGUUCAAAACAGACUUCGGUGAACGUGUUAAGCUUGUAGCUGCAGAUCUUCGGAGGAGAGCAGUGGCAGUUUCAAAUGCUCUAUCCAAGCCCUAUGGUGAAGAUGACAUCAGCUGGAUUCCAGCUCCCGCAACACCGAAAGCAAGUCCCAAGUCACUUGAAAACCAGGAUAGCAUUUACCCUAUAUUUGCUGCCAUAUCACAUAUCAUGCCAACUCCAUUGGCUCAGAAAGAUAAAGGAAGCAAAAACCUUUACACAAUUCUCGACGUUCCUCUCGAGGAUCCUCUCGACGACCCUCUCGAUCUUCCCAGUUUCGACGAUUGUUUCGAUAACAACUCGGAUAUUUCAGUCAAAUCCUUCCGGAGGAAUACCACACGUACCAGAUCCAGGGACCACUCACCUGUCCCUGAUCGUCUGUCACUAAUACGCAAAGCAAAGGCCCCGCUAAGUCCCAUUCCCGUGAAAGAGGAUAGCUCUACUCAUCAUACCUCCAUACCUAUCGCAUUGAACACAAGUGGCGUUACUACCCCACUCUCGAAGCCUAUGGCAGCUACUUGUAACUUUCCAUCUCAGCAUUUGGACAAAACCUCUACUAUCGUGGUCAACGUCAAGGGAACAGUCCUUCCCGAGAUCGAGUGUCAUGAAUCCUCCAACAGACAUUGCCUAAAGAAAGAGAGAAGGCAGCUCGUCGAGAAAGUUGGCGCAGACUCAUUACCUAGAACACCAGCACGAUCGAAACUACCAAGGAAUCCCGAUCAGUCCCCCGAAAAGAUGGCUAUGAACAUCACAUCUACCCUACUAGAUCAUUCAAAGAUAUUGGAAGAAGACCUCGAUAGAUUGCUCGACAACUUCCGUCCACCUAGUCCAGAGCCAUGGGAUUUUAUGGAAGAGUUGAAGAAGUCCGGAUCCUCUAAGAAAGUAACACCAACAAAAACAAACAAAGAUCCUUAUGAGCACGCUGCGGAACUUUUAGCUGCUGAGAAGAAAGCAGUUUCCAGUGUCAAAUCCAAAAAAGCUAGAGAAACGAAGCAUAUUGGAGAUCCUGAGAACAAGCCGCAGGGAGAGCCCAGCAUCAAACUCCUAGAUUAUGUUUUGCCACCAGUAAUUGCGCAAUCAAUGAUACCGAUUAUACCGAUCAUCACCGCACAGGUAGCAUCUGCGAAGGCAUUCCCACCUUCCUCUGAUAUAUCCCCUCUGACCACUUCCACAUCUUUCCCAACAUCCACCGCACCCACUACCACAGACCUGAGCAAUACCACAACCACCUCCAUGGGAUAUGGAACCCCCACUCCUGCAACUCGGUUACAACAUGAACGCUUAGAACAGACACCAUUGAAAGCAAUUUCGCACCACAAAAUGAUACCUCAAGGGCCUCCUGUUACACCACGAAAGCACCUACCAAAAUCACGACUACCUCUUAAGCAAUUUCAUCCUCAGGAGCAAAAUAAGGGAAUCAACAAAGAACUCACUACUAAUAAUACAGCAUUUGAACAGGUUUUCAAGAAAAACUCCGCGAGAGAAUUACCACUCACAAAGAACCACCGCACGCCUAUCUACCCCGUCGCCAGUGAGCUUGAGAGAAAUCGAAGAACACAAUAUCUUCGAGUUAGGAGAGAAGGUUUGAACGACAAACAACACGCUAUUCUUGAGGACGCCACUUGUAAUGAACAAUUGGCAAGUAUCCAGACUUGGACUGGAAUAGUAGCUAGAGAGACCAGGGAGGCAGCAUGCCUCAAUGGUCUCUCUCCUGUACGCAAGACGUUCGACGAGUGGAAUUUUAUGGAUCGUCUUUUUGAGUCAAAGAUUGCUGAAAUCCCUAGAAUACGGCUCGAUUUCAAUCCUAAAAGUCAUUUAUUAACACCUAUUACUCCACAUACACCAUUUAAAGGGCAAGACAAGGACAACAUCGAGGGGAAGGAAGGAGGGAACUGCGAUGGUGAUAAUGUUACUGUGUGCUCUGUUGACUCUUUGGCUCUUACAGAAUCCGGUUUUUAUCUAGAUAGAUACUUUGGCAAAAAGGUCGAAUAUCUUGAUAUUGAUAUCGUUUAUAGCGACAUGUCUCUUGAUCAUAACACCUUCCGCCAAACACUAGAGCUUCAGUUACUGCUUGAAAUGAUUAUCGAACGAUCUGGCUACGAUGACUUUGAAGACAUUUUAUGGGAAUUCGGAGAUAGUGACUUACUGCCACUUACCAUAAAGGAACGUUGCACCAAUGCCGACCUUUGGUCCCGAAUCGUUGUGUUACUUAGCGAAGAAGGAUUUGAUAUCGAAUGGAUUAGUGUUAUUGAUGGGCGUGUGAAGCUAUUACUGUAUGACUAUGAAACCGCGCGGAAGAGGCAGGAGUUAUCAUUGGCAGAGAGGAUUGCCAGGAUAGGGCAAAGAAAGGAGGAAGGAGCACCGGGCUUGUGGAGGAGACCUCAGGUCAAGCCACCACCAGGGUUAAAUCAGCGUCCAAACCGUUGGCACUGA